AUGGCUACGCUCACCUACACGCCAGUUGAUGACAUACCCAAGGUUCACGCUCGUGCGCGUGCGGCGUUCGAGAGUGGGAAGACGAAGUCUGUCGCUUUCCGCAAAGAGCAGAUUGCCCAGGUGGGGUACCUGCUGAAGGACAACGAACUGUGCCUGAAGGAGGCUCUCAAGCAAGAUCUUGGGCGACCGCAUCUCGAGACGGAGUUCUUAGACUUGUCCCCUGUCUACAUUGACGUGGCGAAAGCAUACAAUUCCGUCGAAAGAUGGGCCGCGGAACAGAAGGCCGAGUUCGACCUCAGCUUCUGGGCGAUGGGCCCCAAGUAUCGACAUGAACCGAAAGGCGUCGUGCUCAUCAUCGCGCCCUUCAAUGGGCCCGUCGUCCUGACCAUGUCUCCUAUCGUUGGCGCAAUCGCGGCAGGGUGCGCCAUGGUGCUGAAGCCAUCGGAACAGACUCCGGCGACGAGUGCGCUCUUUGCGGAGCUUUUCCCGAAAUACCUCGACCCUGAGCUGUACCACGUCGUGAACGGCGGGGUACCCGAAACCACCAAGAUUCUCGAGCUUCGAUGGGAUCAUAUUAUGUACACGGGUAACGCUCGCAUUGCUCGCAUCGUCGCUGCAGCAGCCGCCAAGCAUCUCACCCCAUUGACCCUCGAGCUUGGCGGGAAGAACCCUGUUGUCCUCGAUUCAAAGUCCGAUAUCAAGCUUGCCGCGAAACGCGUGUUCUGGGGUCGCUGCCUCAACUCCGGUCAAGUCUGCGUUUGCCCCGAGUACGUCCUAGUGCCUGAGCACCUGCAAGACGCGUUUGUAGACGCCGUGAAGGAUGUGUACGACGAAUCUUUCUAUCCUGACGGACCGGAAAACUCAGACUCUCUCGGACGCAUCGUCGGGGAGUCGCACGUGCAGCGUAUCAAGAACUUGCUCGACAAUACGAAGGGGAAGAUUGUGUUCGGAGGUCAGGUCGAUGUCUCGAAGAGAUAUGUUGCGCCGACCCUAGUUCGGGACGUCUCCGGAGACGACUCGCUGAUGAGCGAAGAGAUUUUUGGCCCCGUCCUGGUUGUCAUUCCUGUGAAGGACACCGAUGAGGCAAUUCGCUUCAUCAACAGCAGAGAUGAUCCACUCGUGGUAUACGUGUUCUCACAGGAUAAGGCCUUCCAGAGCAAGGUGUUCAACAACACGAAGAGCGGUUCGGCGGUCGCGAACGACACAAUGAUCAUUGUCCGAGUUCCCGGCCUCCCUAUGGGUGGUGUUGGUGCGAGUGGAUACGGGUAUUACACAGGAAGGGACAUGUUCGAGCAAUUCACGCAUAAGCGUGCAUUCAUUGACAACCCGAGCUGGUAA